AAAAGCAGCUUUAUAGUAAAUCCUAUUUGGGACAAUCCAGGGAUUUCUGCCUGGUGAGUGGUGAUGAAACUUUUAAACUGACUUUUCAUUGGUUCAAAAGCAAAAGAGAACUAUCAGAUCUCAGCUUGAUCUGCCAGGAUCCUGAGCAAAAGAUUGUCUUCCCUGGAAAAGGUGCUGGACAAUAUGAGGACUUCCAAAGGAGUCUGUGGUCUUCUUCUUAUCUUGCUGGUGGCUGACUUGUUACCUAAUUCAUUGAGCGGCAACAACCCUCGCUACGAGAAAUUCCUGAACCAACACCGGGAUGAACCGAGGAGCAGCUUCCACGGCCGAUACUGCGACACCCUCAUGGGCAGUCGAGGCCUGACCAAACCUGAAUGCAAGGAAGUCAACACUUUUAUCCACGGCUCCAAAAGGCAGAUCCGGGCCGUAUGUGCUGAAGGAGGAGUGGCCUUGGGAGACCUCAGGCGUAGCCGGCGACACUUCAGGGUCACCACUUGCACCCUCAGGGGGGGUUCGACCCGCCCGCCUUGUGAGUACAAAGAGAGCACCUCUCCAAGGUAUAUCGUCAUUGGCUGUGAAGGAGGGUGGCCUGUUCACUACGAUGAAAGCCAGAUCAUGACCACCAUUUGACCAAAGAAGAAGAAACAGCAACAUGAUGUCUAGAUCACAUUGCUCUUCCUGUCCAGACUUGUGUGCAUCCUUGCUUUUUGUCCUUUAGUACCCCAAUCCCUAUGGAGCAAGAGAGACUAUCUGCAUGGGCCAAAUGGCAUGGGUUCCAACCAGCCUCAUGUUGUCUAGUUCAGACAAUGCAGGUCAAAACCACAGGGCAAGAUUAGGCCCAAAAGUGCCAUACCAGACAUGGAUCUGGAAGAUCUGGCCUGAUCCCAGGGUAAACAGCUGAUAUACUGAGAAAAUUAAAUCCUUCAUUUGCUGGAGAGAUUCCUGAAUACUCCACUGCAAAUCCCAGCUGUUUACACAGCCCCUGGCCUUCCUUACCUUGCUGUGCCAUUGCUCAUACUCAGAAGCCCCCUGUCACUGUAUCUAUCAUGGAAAUCGGGUGUCUGGCCAUGUGGGUACAAGUAGGUGCCCUAUUUCCACAUCAGGCAUGGUGAUGGAGGGCUUCUGAGUACAAGCAAUGGCAUGGCAAAGUAAGGAGCACUCACUGGUCCUGAGUCAGCACAGGGACAGACACCCACCUGUCCCUACUGAUCCAGGGACCGAUCUGGCUGAGCACCAAGGCCACAACAUCAUGUUUAGUCCAUGCUAUCCUGCCUAGCCCCUGAACAGUCAUUUAUAUAGCAGGCAUUGUGUAAGCAUCUGUAAUGGCUUUCCUUACACACUUCCCAUGUAACCCUUCCUUUCUCUUUAGUGAUAACCUUUCCAUUCUCUGGCCUCCCCCUUUGGUGUUAUUUCUCCCUCCCAAAUCAAAGUGUAGAUGGUAAUCUCAUUGGGCCAGGGUCUCACCUUUAAUGCUUAGUAAAAUGCUUAGAAAGGAAAGAAAG